GCGGGCGACGAAGCAACUUGGUUUCAGACACUGGCCCCCAAAAAGGCAACCGAACAUCAGAAUUGAAAUUGGUAGACGUUCCAUUCAAACACGGAUACUGGAGAAGCAUUUUGUUCAGAGCCAGAAUGGAUGAACCCCAAGAUCAACCAGCAAUAUCCGACAGGGUCUUGAUCGGCGGGACUUUGACACUGGUGACUCUUUCCAGCGACGGCAGGCUGCAAUGGUCGGAGGACGGGAAGCAGCGGUGUUUGAUUGUGGAGAGGGAGGUGCUUGGAUUUGCGACGGAGGGUUCCAGGAUCAGCAUAAGGGCUGUGGUAGAUAGUGGAAAGGGAAUCUACUGUUGGGGAAGCAGAGGAACUUUGAUGAGGAAACGAUUCGUCUUCGAGCCAUUGUCGGAGGAAUCGAAGCAACUCUGGUGCCAAAAGCUCCAACGGCAUAUUGUUUCUCUCGAACGUCCUAAGAGGCUGUUUAUUUUUGUGAACCCAUUUGGUGGGAAAAAGUCCGCUUCAAAGAUUUUUCUGGAUGAUGUACAACCCCUACUUGAGGAUGCUGAUAUUGAGUUUACAGUACAUGAGACUAAACAUCAACUUCAUGCAAAGGAAAUUGCACAUUCACUGGAUCUUUCAAGUUAUGAUGGCAUUGUUUGUGUCAGUGGGGAUGGAAUCUUGGUUGAGGUAAUAAAUGGACUGCUUGAAAGAGAGGAUUGGGAAACUGCAAUAAAGAUGCCUCUUGGAAUCAUUCCUGCAGGUACUGGGAAUGGCAUGAUAAAAUCUCUUUUGGAUUCCGUUGGUUAUCCCUGUAUGGCGUCUAAUGCAACUCUUGCCGUAAUUCGAGGUCAUAAACGUUCGCUAGAUGUUGCUACCAUCUCACAAGAGGAGAUAAAAUAUUUUAGUGUUUUGAUGCUUGCAUGGGGUCUGGUGGCAGAUAUUGACAUUGAGUCUGAGAAGUACAGGUGGAUGGGAAGUGCUCGUCUAGAUUUCUAUGGUCUUCAGCGCAUGUUAUUUCUGAGAAAAUAUAAUGGAUGUAUUUCUUUUAUUCCUGCACCUGGAUUCGAAAAAUUUGGCAAUCCUUGCGAUAAAAAAGAUCAAGUCAUUUACAAGCUCAAUAUCUGCGAUCCAAGUCAAGGGGAUCCUUUUAAAUGUCAACGACGUGGAUACAUGGGACCUCAUAAUCACUUGGAGAAUAUGGAGUGGAGAACUAUUAGUGGACCAUUUAUCUCAAUUUGGCUCCAUAAUGUACCUUGGGGGAGUGAAGACUCCAUGGCAGCACCUGAUGCUAAGUUCUCAGAUGGUUAUUUGGACUUGAUAAUUAUCCGGGAUUGCCCAAAAUUUGCAUUGCUAAGCCUUAUGAUGGAACUGAGCAGUGGAAAUCAUGUCAGAUCCCCACAUGUCAUGUACUUAAAGGUGAAAGCAUUUGCUUUGGAGCCUGGUACACGCACUGAUGAUCCAACCAAGGGAGGGAUUAUAGACUCAGAUGGUGAAGUCCUGGCUAGAGGGAAGGGGACGUACAAGUUUGAGCAGAACGCUCUGAUGGCCUAUGAUAAGCUACAUAUAGAAGUUGAUCAAGGUUUAGCCACUCUGUUUUCCCCCAUAUAGCAUUGGAUCUUGAUUUUUCAUGUAUUUAAAUUGUCAUUUGGCAUAUAUAAGGCAGGAAAAAAUUGCAGGUGAUUUAUUUCCAGCUGUACAGGGAAAUUGACAUAAAAUUGUUGCAUGCAUUUUUAGUCAGUUGAAUUCUUCAUUUGUUCAAAGAAUUAUGUGAGUUACCAAUCUCCUUUCUGAAUCAUAUUCAUGAAGAAAAUUCAAAACUACUCAAA